GGCCUCUCUGCGCGGAGCUGCCGGCGCGGCCGCGGGCGGUUUUGCUGGAAAGACUCACUGCAGUUUAGAGUAGCAGCUCUGGGAACUGUCACAGGAUGUUCUUCCCCGUCUUCCUCCCCAUAAGCACUAGAAUGGCUGGAAACUAGCACCAACAUUCUGCUCUUGACUCUGUAGCUGCGAGAAAUAGCUAUGGAAGACUCCGAAAAGAAGACUGAAGUAGUCCUGCUGGCCUGCGGGUCCUUCAACCCCAUUACCAACAUGCACCUGAGGCUAUUUGAGCUGGCUAAAGACUACUUCCAUGAAACAGGAAAAUACAAAGUCAUCAAAGGAAUAAUCUCACCAGUCGGUGAUGCGUAUAAGAAGAAAGGUCUGAUCAGUGCAGAUCACCGAGUAGCUAUGGCAAAACUAGCUACAAAAAACUCUGACUGGGUGGAAGUGGAUGAUUGGGAAAGCAGCCAGAGUGAGUGGUUGGAAACACUAAAAGUUUUAAGGUACCAUCAACAAAAGCUUAUAUCUCCUGAUCCCACAAAUAGCCUGCAGAAUGCUAUACCUUUAACAAAGCCAGGACGGAAGAGGAAACAGGAACUAAAUAGGCAUGAGCCCGUUAAAAAGAAAAAUCAGAGUCCAGAUAUAAAAAGUGUCCCACAGCUUAAACUGCUUUGUGGAAGUGACAUGCUGGAGUCUUUUGGGAUCCCCAAUCUGUGGAAGUUGGAGGACAUCACUGAAAUUGUGGAAAAUCAUGGCCUUGUAUGCAUCAGUAGAGCUGGAAACAACGUUCAGAAAUUCAUCUAUGAGUCUGAUAUUUUGUGGAGACAUAAGAAUAACAUUCACCUUGUGGAAGAAUGGAUCACAAAUGACAUUUCCUCCACCAAGAUUAGGAGAGCACUGCGGAGGGGCCAAAGCAUUCGUUACCUAGUGCCUGAUGCGGUUGAAGCAUACAUAGAAAAACAUAACCUAUAUAGUCCAGAGAGUGAAGACAAGAAUGCUGGGGUUGUCUUGGCUCCCUUACAGAAGAAUGCAAGGGAUUCCAAGAACUAACAACUAACAACUAACUACACAACUUUCUGCUGUGAAAAAAAGCUACAGUUCAGUACAGGAGAAUAUGUUUUUUAGGGGUUGUUUUUUUGGUUUGUGUUUUUUUAAAGUUAAGAGCAAGCUAAUUCUGUGGCUUUAGUACAUACGUAGUUGCUGUUGAAGUUUGGCGCACUCAAUGAUUGGACCUACACAAACUUUUAAAUCCAAUAAUAAGAUUUUCACGUUUAAACAUUUUGUUACAGUGCAGUGAACUAAAUACAAGAAUUCACACUUGCUGAUGAAAAGUAAAAAUUAACGAACAAACCAAAGGAGAAUGUUUUGAUUGGUUUUAACUCAGACUGCUCUGAGUCCUAUUUUUUGCAACUUCCAGUGUCUUAACAGACAAAGCCAUUUUAUUUCAAAAUGUACCACUUACUGGUAGGAAAUCUAUUUAACUUUUUAAGAAAUUGCCAACAUGUACACCUCAAAGAAACUAUUUUGCUCUAUGCUGGAAGGGAAAAAAGUUGCUCCUCGCUGAAGUGGUGCUAGAUAUACCAUGCUUUGAGCUGCCUGCCUUUCAGAUAUGCAGCUGUUUGUCUGCUCUUGUGCAAUUUGCUCCCAAAAUGCCUUGUGCUUUACUUCAUUCAUGUUUCCAAAGCUGUACUUUAAGCUCAGCACUGUUCCCAUGGAAGGACAGACCUACUUCAGAAACUGGUUUAUGGCUAUGGAUUUAAUGAAUAGAAAUUAGUGUCAUUGCACUGAUUCUCAGACAGUUCUCCAUUUAUUUCAAGUAAUAAAUGAGCUUUUACUUUUGAGCCAAAUGUAUAUAGCCAGAAUUGUUUCCUGUAACUGGAGUUGAAAAGAAAUAGUAGAAUAUUAAGACUGUGCACAAGUGAAAUGGUUUUCUUUGCUAGAAUUCUGGUUUUGAAUCUAGCAGUAUAUUGUCUGUGUUAUGUGAAUAUAAACUAGAGAGGCACUGUGAAUGUCAUGCUCAUGGAAUUCUACCUCCCUUUAUUUGCUGUCAUCCCAUCUGUUUUGAUUAUGUGCCUUAUAAAAAAUGUCACGGUUUCCAAGAUGCUCGCUAGUGGGUCAACAGCUUUUUCGUACGAUCUCCACAAGAUAACUCUGUUCACAUUUUACAGAUCACCACAUCCAGCAGAAUGGGAGAUUCUCGGGGCAGGUAGCCUAGAACCAGGACAUGUUCCAAGAACAUAACUGUGACAACCCAUCAUCCUCCUCCCCUGGGCAGGGGAUCCUCAAAGAGCUGAGGGAGCAGUCUAGGCAUCUCUAGGAGCUUAGUGGGAGUGUUGAAGCCAGAUGCAAAACACAGAAUGUUACAGGCAGCCCUGGGGCCUGUGAGGCUCCUCUAAAACCCAGGAGGGGAGUUGAGACGCUGUUAGGAAAACCUGUAACCCCCAGUGGAGCUAGCACUGGACAUGAAGACUUGGAGCCCCACAUGAAAUUCUGCACAAUUACUAUACACUAGAAGAUCUGUGUUCUAGCUCUGGCUGUCUAGAGAAUCAACAUGGAGAUUGGCGUAAUAUCAGAUCACAACUUGGAAGUGCAUCUGUAACUGCACUGUGACAGAAAGUACCAUCAAGGAUUCUUUUGUUUUUUCUUGAUGAUUCCUGCAUCAAAUGUGCUCUAUCUGCCAUUUGUCCCCUAGAGUUCAGGCAAGCUUACACUGUCCUUUUAUCAUCAAUAGUAAUAAAGGUACUGAUGGUAAAUUAUGCCCCCUGCAACACCUUAGCAAUCAAACUGCCAUAACUGGUUGAAGAUACCUAUAUUGUUGAUGGUGUGUAGGAAAGCACAAGACCCACUUUUCUCUCCUGCUUGCUGUCUGUCUUUAUGACUGACAAGAAUAGAGAGCAAGAAAGAUUUCUUUUCAGCACUCAAGUCAACUAGUGUGCUUCUGAAUAACCAGAGCACAUCUUUCCAAUAAGAAAGCACCCUAUCGAUGUGGUCACUUUUCAGAGUAAAACUGCACUUUAAGUCUAGGUUUAUUCUUCUAAACAAUGAUGCUGUUGUGUGUGUUGGUGCACUUUGUGUAAUUCUAGAGAAACUGCGAAUUCAAUAGGAUGUUUUAUAAAGCUUGGGUCUUCAAACAGUUACAUUUCACUGGGUUUUAAUGUAGUUAUGUGUGAUGGGUCUUUCAAUAAAAUAAAUUGCAUGUAGUAUGCUAAUUUUAGUCAUGCUGUUAUUAACCAAAUCUGAUGUCUGAUGACUAUGUGAUUUUUAAGUAGGUAGAAUGGUGUCAGUACAGUUUUGUAUAUACAAAAUAGAACAUUGUUCAAAAAUUA